GGGAGCCUCCCCCGCCGCCCGGCUCGGCGCGCAGGUGGAGCGGUGCCGGCGGACCGACCGACCGACCGACCGACCCGCGGACCGACCGACCCGCCGAGCCCAGCCCGGCCCCGCUGCCCCCGCCCCGGCGGCGCCGCAGCCGGCAGCAUCGCGGCGGGACCGCCCGGGGAUGCAGCCGCGCUAAGAACAAAAGCCCUCUCUACGCGGUCACGCUCCGGGGCUCGAAAGCGGCCCGGCCAAACUUGGAUUUCUGCCCCCUCCGCCCAGCCGCGGCGGCGUCCGGAUUGAACUUCCCCGGUGCCUUCCCCGUGGGCAGCGCCUGAGACCCGGGGGAUCCCUCCCGGCCCGCCGCCCUCGCCCGCUCCGCGCCGUCCCGCCGGGGCUGCCCGGGGAAGUGGGGGCCGCGCCCCGGAGCCGGACGCCGCGCCGCCCCCGGGGGGACCCCGGCCGCCUCCCCGCCGCGGGACCUUGGCUUUGCCCUUCGCACGGCAGGUGGCGGGGCCAGCGGAGAAGGAUGCGUUUCUUCCCGUGGGGAUUUUGGCUGCUGUGUGUCGCCUCCGCCCCGGGUCGCGGUGACAGCGGCAGCAAGGCGAGGAGCUGCGCCGAGGUCCGGCAGCUGUAUGGGGCCAAGGGCUUCAGCCUCAGCGGCGUGCCCCAGGCCGAGAUCUCCGGGGAGCACCUGCGAAUCUGCCCACAAGGCUAUACCUGCUGCACCAGCGAGAUGGAGGAGAACUUUGCAAACAAAAGCCGAAGUGAAUUUGAAGCCAUGAUGAAAGAGGCUGGUCGCUCUGUGCAGACGACCCUAACAGCGCAGUACAGGAGCUUUGACAGUUAUUUCCAGGAUUUGUUGAACAAGUCAGAAAAGGCCCUUUACGAUGCUUUUCCAAGCAUCUAUGGAGAAUUGUACACUCAAAACAUGAAAGUCUUCAAGGACUUGUACAGUGAGCUACGCCGCUAUUACCGGGGCUCCAACAUCAACUUGGAAGAGGCCCUCAAUGAGUUCUGGACACGCUUGCUGGAGCGGCUCUUCAAGCUGCUGAAUCCCCAGUACCAUAUCACAGAUGAGUACCUGGACUGCAUGGUGAAACACGCGGAGCAGCACAAACCUUUCGGGGAAGUUCCCAGGGACCUGAAGGUGAAGGCAACCCGAGCCUUCAUCGCAGCACGCUCCUACGCGCAGGGCUUUCUUGUGGGCAGCGACGUGGUCAAAAAGGUUUCUCAGGUAUCUCUCAGCCACGAGUGCACUCGCGCCAUCAUGAAGCUGAUGUACUGCCCGCACUGCCGGGGCAUGUCCAGCGUGAAGCCGUGCAACAACUACUGCCUGAACGUCGUGAAGGGCUGCCUGGCCAACCAAGCGGACCUGAACACUGAGUGGAAGUACCUGAUGGAUUCCCUGGUCGGAGUGGCUGAUCGGAUUGAUGGACCGUACAACGUAGACACUGUAAUAGGGACUAUUCACAUGAGGAUCGCCGAAGCUAUUUCUAACUUGCAAGAAAACAAAGAUUCGCUCACGGCCAAGGUUUUCCAGGGCUGUGGAAAUCCCAAAAUCAGCACAAAAGGCUCCAGCAGCGAGGACAAGAAAAGGCGGGGGAAGGCCACGUUGGAACCAAAAUCCUCUGCACAAGCACUGGAGAUGCUGGUUUUAGAUGCCAAAGGGAAUCUGACAGCUCUCAAGACUUACUGGAUCACCCUGCCUGGCAGCCUGUGCAGCAAAAAAGUAAUGGUCAGCUCAGCAGCAGACGACAAGUGUUGGAACGGGAUGACCAAGGGCAGUUACCUGCCUGAAGUGAUGGGGGACGGCUUAGCUAAUCAGAUUAACAACCCGGAGGUGGAGGUGGACAUCACCAAGCCAGAUAUGACCAUUCGCCAGCAAAUCAUGCAGUUAAAGAUCAUGACAAACCGGCUGGGCAACGCCAACAUCGGGAAUGAUGUGGAUUUCCAAGACGCAAGUGACGACAUGAGUGGCUCCGGGAGUGGUGACAGCUGUCCUGACGACGUCUGUGGCAAAAGACUUUCUAAGAGCCCCAGCACCAGGCAGCCAGAAACGCACGCUAUUCCUAAGCAGUCUGGACACGGCAUCAAUGGGGCCAGCAGCAGAUCUUUGCCUUCUGCCUUCCUCCUCCUCCUUUCGGUGGCUUUCAUUGCCGCGCAGCACUUGUGGCGGUAACUCACUAGCACAGCCAGGAAAGAGACUGCGGCCGAGGGCUUCACUUUGCCAAAACCAACCAACCAACCAACCAACAAAAGGACAUAUUUAAUUCACCUUGGCAAAAAAAAAAAAAAAAAAAAAAAAGAAAGGAAAAAAAAAAAGAGGGAGGAGAAAAAGGUUUCAGUUGUUUGCUAUUUCUGGCAGUGCUCGAGCUGUUUUCUUCUUUCUUGGUCUCUUCCCCAGUGCUGGGCCCUUCUUUCCGUACCUCAUUGUUUUACUUUUGUUAUUGCCACGACCUGGCUCUCGGGGCUGAACCAAGCCUUUGCAGAGAGGCCGCCGGGGGAAACCCAACCCGGCCGGCCCCUCCGAGGGCAGCUCUUCUGCUGCCUCCAGUGGAAUAUGCAAUUGCCCUGAUCUUGUUCCCCAAGCGCUGCUGACCGAAAGCACGACGGCGCCGAGAGCAACGCCGCUUCCUAACGCGGAGAGACGGAGAGCGUCGGCGCGGCUCGAGGGCCGCAUUCAGGGGCUCUUUCGGUUUUUUUUUCUCUGUACUUCCCAGGCAGGCAGAGGUGGCCCUUCACUUCCAGCGGCGUACGUAGGAGCCUGAGCAGGUUUGGUGGGUUGAACUGGAACAGUUUGGCUGUUGGACCCAAAAAAAACGCAGAACUCCCUUUUUCUUUGGAAAGGUCACAAGUGGGUUUCUUGACUAGAGCUCGUAGCUGACGACAAUUUGAAAUGUAGGUCUCCUACAUCUAAGUGACUGGGAAUGAGUGUUAGGGGUUGGGGUUUGGGGUAUUUUUUCUUUGCAUGCUAGUUGGAAAGCCAUUUUUUACCCAAGUAAUAAUGGUCCACUUUCUACCUGCAGUGCAGUACCGUCGUAGGUAACAGAGAGAUGAAAACAUGCACAGUGGGAUUCUCCGCUUGACAGACAGUUGUGCUUCCUCCUCCUCCUCCUCCUCUUCCUCCCAUGGCCCCAGCCCUGGAUGGGAAUCCCUUUUUUUGUUUUGGUGAUAAGAAAGACCAGGGACUUUGUACUAACUGGAGCAUUGCGACUAGUUGUGAGAGCUCGCACGUGUGGGAGCGACCGCCUGGCAGCUGCCGUAGGGCACAGGGGGCUGGUGGCGAUGAGCCCUGGGCAGGUCCCUGCCCAGGAGACUGACUCAAGGUAGCUGCUACCAGGGAGGACGGGGGGAUGGGACACGUUUUGUUUGGGAUAUUUUUUCUUUUGGCGUUUGUUCCUGUUGCAUUGUAGGUUUUUUCAGUGAGUUCCUGCUUUCCCUGUAUCUUCCCCAUCCUCCCACGCACCUUCCCUGACCCUGCAGGGAUGGGGUGAGACAGGGAAGGGCCUGGCUCACCGUUUGCCACCCCGUCCCACCACGUACCAGCCGCUGGGUGACACAGACGGCUGCCCCAACCCAAAAAUACUUGGUGGGGUGGAUGCGUGCUGGGUUUUGAGAUUAGGGGUGGUUGGUAAACGAUAUAAAUAUCCUCACGUAGCUGUAGGAGUGUCUGUGCUUGUAGGGCUGUGUGCUCCGGGGCUUCCAGAUGGCUUCUGUACCUCCCAGGUACGGCGAGCGUCAGCUGGAGAUGUAGGUUUAGCAGAUGUGAUAGAUACAACACAGUCACUGUGACCAGUUGGGCCAUGAGCACGCCCAGGGGUCGGGCUUCAUUCGUUCGGGUUGGGUUUGGGUUUCAGAUGUGUUUGUACCGCGGGCGAGAGGCAGGGCAGAGGUCUGUCUGUCUCCUGCUUCUCCGGUCUGCACAGCACGUGUUUGAGCAUUUCUCCUCUGCCCUGCCAGAGGAGACGUGCCUUCGGGCUGAGCAAACAUUGUGGGGUUGGGGUUUGGCUGUUUUCUAAGAAAGGGGAAAAAAAAAACCCAAACAUUUUUAAUAUUAGCAGUUUCUAGAAUGUGCAAUUUAAGGGAAAACGAGACCAUGAGCAAGGUAACACCAAAAGCUGGCUCAGGCGGAUGCGGGGGGGACCUUGGCUCCUGCCCACCUCAUCCUGGGGCCAGGUGAUAACACUCGUGGUUCGUUGAACUAGGCAGAGAUUUCAGGCCAGCUUUGACUGGCUUCUCCAAGUCGCGGUGACUGAUGUUACUGACUCGGUAUCCGUCCUGCCUGCUCACUGCCUUCUGAUCUAACCCGGCUGGGUUUCAGAAAUGAAAGCCGGGAUGCUGGACGGUGGCUAAAGGACAGACAGCACCGCUAGACCCAUCAAAACCCAGGAGUGGAUAAAUACAACUCAUGGAUUUAUACAGAUUUAUUUACUUCCAGAAGUAUGGCAAGUUCCACAUUUUACUUUUAUGAGUCUUUUUUUUUUCUUUUUUUUUUUCUUUUUACCAGAAAUGCCAAUACAAAUUUAGCCUUCCAUUAAAGAAAUCCCCACGAGCAAUCCUGCAGAAACUUUACAUCCAAAGCAAAAGAAAAAACAAGGGGAGAGGGGCAUUGAAACGUUGUACCCUCUUCAAAAACUGGUUGGGUUGGAUUGGAGUUUUAACACAUGACUGCCGAGGUCAAUGUUUGGCUUUGCAGAAUGGGAGAUUGAAAGGAAAGUCCUUGUCGUUUCCAUUUCUGUGCAGUUAGCGUUUGCUGUCAGCCUGUUACCCUCAAAAGCUUCUUACGGGCCCCAGGGGGAUCACACCUUAAACCUGAAGCCGAGGCUUUACUGAUUGUCCAGUGAAUAUUUUAACAACAGCCCAAAUUAUUGGUCCUGUUACGAUAUUAAAACCUGAUAGUCUGAAUUAAUAAGGCAAAGCCUCAAAGGAUACAGUAGAAACCGUUAAGCAGGAGAAACCCUUCCUGAUAUCCCUCCCCGCUUUGGCUGGGGUUGAGCUGAUGCUUCGGUGUCCCUCUGGGCCCCGAGGACGACGCUUCGGUGGCCCCGGCACCGAGCGGGGCUGUCCCCGCGUGGUGGGCAGCCCCAGGUCUGCGCGGGCAGCGCCGGGGGCUCUUCUCUCUUUGCCAGGAGGUGCAGGACGUUGGCAUUGACGCUUCCUCUCUCCUUAGCCCCGGGUCCGCUUGGGUUUAUUUUGUAUUCUUUUUCACACAGUCCGCCUACGCUGCUGCUUUUCAUCAGUUCCCGGUUAUUCAGUUUUUCUGUUCUCUUCGUUACUCCGAAGCGGUUUCCCCGACCUGCAGUUGGGUGGCCCGGGGCCGCGCUUGGCCAUGCCACCUCCCUCUGUGGAGCCGAGGUGGCCGAGUCCCCCCGGGGUAUCGCCUCUGUAUCGCUCUAAACUAAAGCAAACCUAAAGCAAACCAUAGUUACCCGAUGGCUAGGCAACUAGACAAGUUCUGGCAUGGGUCAACAAGCUGAAGUCAGCCCAGGUCCGGACAAGCCCUGAGCUGGCGCUGGGGCUGGCACGGAGCCUGUGGCCUUUUCAGUGCUUAUAAAUGACAUUUCCUGAGCUACCACCUGCUCGGAACAAUUGUGACAAACCUUCCCAGGGCGGUGGCGGGCCGCGGGCUGAAGCCACGGUGGGGGCUGGCGGCUGCCGUGGGUUGGGUACGUGGAUGGGGAGCUCUGGGGAAGGGGGGGUGGCUGGGGAGGAACAUCCGCUUCGAUGUUACCGUGGUGGUGAUUCGUGGUGUUUGGGUUUGAAAAGGCCUCAAACUUCACAGGGAUGCGGGGGGAGGGGGGGGGGGGGGGUGGUGGUCUAAAAUAUUAACAAGGAGCCCUGUCCCUGGAAAGGGGAGAACUAGAAAUGGUGGAUUUCCAAGUGUCUCUGUCUUUCAGCCUGCUCUUUCGUGCCAUAACGUGUAUGUUUUAACUAAGGGCGAGGGUCUCAAAAGGCUUUGAGAGCGCAGCUACUUAUCAUUUACAAAUGACAAACUGCCUGUUGUUUUCUGGUGGGCUUGGUAGGGGCGAAGGUAUAGCAAAGUAUCCAAAGUCCACCUUUGCUUUAAACAGAUGCAUUUCUAUCUGCAGAAGUAAGAAUUAUUUCACUUAUUGGCAUAGCUGGACAGUUAUCUCUUUCUUUCUGUUACCAAGGUACUUGUAACUCUCUUGCACUGUUUAUCUAAAGUUGAAAUAUGUUCUUUGAAUCCUUGUAUAAAUAAAAAGGCUGGAGACUUCAAUCUGUA